UUUCCUGCUUUGCUGGUUACUGCAAUGAAUGGUAACACUGUCCAGCAAACCACAAGCACUGCACCGUUCGUAGCACCUCCAUGUGGAUGGAGGGAGUUCUGUGAGUUGCAUGCCAGCACCACGGCCCGAGAACUCGCCCAGCACUACCGGCGCUUCGUCAGAGAGCGGCCGGUGCAGGAUGUGGUCCCGCCGGAAAGUUUCUCCAAGCAGUUCAGCGCCCUGUUCCAGCAUCACUUCAGCUGCGAGGUGGCAAAAAAUGCAGAACCCUCCAUGCGCCCCCCACCACCACCCUUACUACCUAUGACCAGCCGCUUACGCAUUACUUCGUUCUCCGGAGUGCUGGAUUACAGGGAGACCGUGCGGCCUGCUCCGCUAGUUGCCAUAUUAGCGCCCAAACCAGAUACUAGUGGCAUUCCUAGGGAACAGGAGCAGUUGCUGCGCUGCUCUCCUCCAGACACUACACACCGAACGCGGCAUCACAGUCAGGAAAAUGAACGCCCGGACUUGAGGAAUGGCUCGGAAGGACACUCUCCCACUGCAUGCGACUUCCCCUCCCGAAAUGACGUAACUCACAUUUCUGUUAGUCGCAUUCGAGAAAGUGUUUGUCGACUUUUUAAGAAAUCUCCGCAACUUGGCGAAUCCCCAAGUGGUUGCCCAAGGGAUGAGUUGAUCCAGGGUGGCGGAACACCGGCGACUGUUGAAUGCACCCCUCACAACCCACCUGUGCAGGUACCCACCAAUCGCACAUCACAGAGGGCCGCAAUAUGGGAGCGUUUGAAUUCAUGGCGGACUGUGAGACGGAGGCAAGAGUUUGGGAGUGUUUGUAAAGAGGGGCAGCUGAGGUACCUGGAGGUGGACGACACUAUUUCAGACACGGCCCCACAAUGGCAGCGCUGCCGCCUGCAGGUCAGGAGGACCAAUGAGCACACCGCUAGCCAGAGGUACCUGCUAGAUCUCUACGACCCACCCAAGGACUACAGAAUGCCAAAGGUUUCAGUACACUGUUCAGACAUCAAAGAGAUUCGACGCUGUAAUCGCCUAGAGAUGCCUGAUAACAUGAACACAUUCGUCUUAAAGGUUGCUGGCCUCACGGGUAGUUUUAUAUUUGAGGCUGAUAAUGAGCAGCAGGUCAGCUCCUGGACCACUGAGCUCAGAGAGUGUAUCAGCAGCAGGUCAGAUAAUGUGGAUGGAGAACCAUUUCCUGUUAGCGACUCGCUCAGCGCCGCUCGCAGAGGGAGCUCAGAUCCUGGAGGCCAGAGCCCUCUGGGUUUUGGACUUGCAGAGCAGGCCUACAAUAAAACGCAUCACUUCCUGUCCUCUUACUUCUGGUUCCAUGGGCCCAUCUCUCGUGUGCGAGCAGCUUACCUUGUCCAGCACGCCGGGGUCAGUGGUCAUGGGAACUUCCUGGUGAGGCAGAGCGAGACGCGCAGAGGAGAUUACGUGCUCACCUUCAACUAUCAGGGCCGAGCCAAGCAUCUCCGUCUGUCUUUAACUGAAUGGGGUCAGUGUCGUGUGCAGCACCUGCGCUUCCCUUCAGUCAUGGACAUGUUGAGUCACUUCCGCAACUGUCCCAUCCCGCUGGAGUGCGGAGCUGCCUGUGAUGUCAUGCUGGCCAAUUAUGUGUGCGUCAACCCCACACACACAGGUCAGAGCUCUGCUUUUGGGUCUCCAGUGUUGGUGCCUUUCUCUCGCUGGAGUUCAGAGCCCAGUUUGGCUCACUGCAGUCCGGAUUCAUGUCCUCACUCCAACCCUUCCAUGGCCCAGUCCUGUUCGCCGCCUACAGCCGGACUCUCACACCGUACUCCUUCCUUCCUUCCAGACCGUCACCCUCCCCUACACCGCAGCGAGUCUGUGGGCCGCAGAAACCUGCUCCGCCACCCAAACCCACUGCCGCCCCUCCUGCCCAACCGGGACUCGGACUACGAACUGGAGCCGCCUGAUAGGGGGCGCAAGAGAGCCAUCGACAACCAGUAUAUGUUCUUCUGACAGAGGAAGAAAGCGAACAAAAGAAGUCACGGAUGUAAAAAUGCUCCAGAGGUCCUGCCCUGAUGGAGAGCGUUUUCAGCAGCCAAACAGAAAAGAGAUGGAGUCGUGCGAGAUUGUGCGCGAGACUCGAGGCGGAGGCACAAAAAUGUGUGUCGCACGAAACUCCCAGACAUCUAUCGCUGACGGCUGUCUACCUUGUGAAUGUAUUAUACAAUCGUUUCACUAUCAAAUCAGCGUGUGUUUGUAGAAUAACUCCCGAGAAGCAGACAGCAGGCAGGAUUUGGCAGACGGGAAAAGUUUCCAGUUGGUUAGUAAGUCGAACACAAGCCGAGGGUCUGUUUUUGAUGCAGUGAUGUCUACACUGGAUGGGGCUGACAUUGUGACAACUCGAAGGCUGUCGACACUGGAUGAUUCAGCAUAAAAUCACAGUUUUAAUCAGCUGUAAAUCAUUUGUUCUUUUCCAAGAUAUGGAUUUUCAACUUAGUAAUUUAAUUAAUUAAUUAAUUUUACACAUGCAUUCUUUUUCUUAUUAUAUAUAUAUAUAUAUAUAAAUAUAUAUAUAUAGACUGAGUGAGAAUAGCUAAAUUAAACAUGCAAAGCAAAUAGUAUUGGAACAUUCUUUUAUUAUUUCAUAUUCCAUCAGCUUAGUCCCUUAUUUAUGAGGGGUCGCCACAGUGGAAUGAACCACCAACUAUUCCAGCAUACACAGCUGACGCCAUUCCAGCCGAAACCCAGAACUGGGAAACACUCAUACACACUCAUUCACACACACAUUCAUUCAGGACAGCUAAUUUAGUUUAUUCAAUUCACCUAUAGUGCAUGUCUUUGGACUGUAGACAAAACCAGAGGAAACCCACGCCAACACAGGGAGAACAUGCAAACUCCACUCAGAAAUGCCACCUGACCCAGCUAGGACUCGAACCAGCAACCUUCCUGCUAUGAGGCGACAGUGUUAAUCACUGAGCCACCGUGCCGCCCCAGUAUUGGAAUAAAAGAAUGUAAACAAAUAUACAAGUAUACACUUAUAAGUAGUGUAUAUGUAAUAGUCUUACAAAUGCAUAUGCAAUGUAAAAAUCUGUUGUAACUUGGAACCGUUACGUUAAAUUAACUUUUUUUAAUAAUUAUGGACUGAUAAUUAAUUACUUAAUAGUUUUAAGACAAUAUCUCACUUUUGUAAAGUAAAAAUCAACGAAUCACUUUAAAAGCAACAGGUUUAUUCACUUGUUUAAGUAAAAAUCAACUAAUCGCUUUAAAAACGUGAAUAAACCAGUUGCUUUAAAGAAAAA